AUGGAGUAUGGAGUUUAUGUUCAGCAUACUUCUAAAGGAAAUAUGAUUUUGGUGUGUCUCUAUGUUGAUGAUAUAUUGUUGAUAAUAAGUUGUUCAUAUGAGAUAAUGAAGUUCAAGAAGAUGGUGAUGAAUGAGUUUGAGAUGAGUGAUCUAGGAAAUAUGGUAUAUUUUCUAGGGAUGAAGAUUAUGUACUCUGAGAAGGGUAUUAUUUUACAUCGGCUGAAUUAUAAACUUGAACUUCUGAAGAGAUUCGAGCUGACAAAUUACAAGAUUGCAAUCACACCUACUGAAACGAAUCACAAGUUGGAUUCUAAUAUUGAGGGUGAUGAUGUAGAUGCUACAACUUUUAAACAGUCGGUUGGCUCAUUGAGAUAUCUCUAUAACACCAUACAUGACAUCUACUAUGCAGUUGGAAUGGUGAGUAAGUUCAUGAACAAACCAAAGUGGUGA